GGGGGAGAGGGAGAGUAGCCUCGCCAGCCUAGAAGGAGGAGGAAAUCUGGGAGAAAAGGGGAAGAGAAGCGGCGUCUCCGAGGAUGACUUUGGGGACGGAUAUGUCCGACAGCUCUGCAUUGUCCGAAGACGUGGACAUCGAUGUGGUUGGGGGUGAUAUAUCCGUGGGGAAGGACGGAAAGUACAUCCACCACGACUUCAACUUGGACAAUGACUCGGACGAUAAUUACUCCCAGAACGCGGCCGAGAGGGGUUCUUCUCCCGGGCUCAGCAGCUCCGACUGCCCGUCCGACCAGAUGGGUUCCAGCGCGGAGGUCGGCACCGCCAUCGGGGAGAAAUCUAGGAAAGGCGCCCUGGUGAAGCCCCCGUACUCUUACAUCGCCCUGAUCACCAUGUCCAUCCUGCAGAGCCCCAAGAAGCGCCUCACCCUCAGCGAGAUCUGCGAGUUCAUCAGCAGCAGAUUCCCUUACUACCGGGAGAAAUUCCCCGCGUGGCAGAACUCGAUCCGACACAAUCUCUCCCUGAACGACUGCUUCGUGAAAAUCCCCCGAGAGCCCGGCAACCCCGGGAAGGGCAACUACUGGACCCUCGACCCGGAUUCCGCAGACAUGUUCGACAACGGCAGCUUCUUGCGCAGGAGGAAGCGCUUCAAGAGGCACCAAACUAACGAAAUCCUGCGGGAGUCUGGCGGCUUUCUGCCCGGGUUUGGAUACGGCCCGUACGGAUACAACUAUGGACUCCAGCUGCAGAACUUCCACGCAGCCCAUAACCCGUAUCACCCGCACCACACGGGUGGUGCAUUCCCGUUCCCCAACGCCCCGUGCACCUUGCCCUCAUCGGGCUCCAUAUUCCCUGCGCCGCAUCACCUUCCGUCCCUUUUAGGGACCGAUUUAAGAAAGCCGUUUUAUCCCCAAAUAAGCGCGUCCCUGCCGCCUCUCAAGACGGACUCGAGCACCCCGAGUCGGCCUUCGUUCUCCAUUGACAAUAUCAUCGGUGCGGCCAACUCCACCCCCGCCUCUUCCUACGGCGCGCAGCCGGGCAGCCAGGCUCAGAUCCUGGCCAUAUUGACCCCAGCACUGGCCUCUGCUUCCAACCAUUUGAACCUAUCGCAGGACAGCGUAUUACCGGCCGGGCCACAGGGACAGACUUUUUCCGGCAAAACCCCAAAUAUGAACACUUGUCCUUUCUAAGAAAAAAAGAAAAAAAUAUUAAACGAAAUUUCAAGAAUGAAAAUCUUUUAUUAUAAAGUUAGAAGUUAGUGUGGCUUCGCCCUGUGUGAAGGUAGGCUGUGCAUUCUUGGUGAAAACGAAGAGUGUUGUGGUCCUUGUAACAGGAGAGGAAGGUUUAUUUAUGGUGUGUAAAUAUGUGUAUAAUAUUGAGACAAAUGCAAGAAAGGUCUUUCUAAACAGUGCUGACUUGGACUCCAUCUGUCAAUGGGGGGGAGGAGAAAAAACAAGAUCCUGUUAUAAGUUAAAAAGGUGUCACCCAUGGCUACGGGGAUGAUUUCUGACUUUCUUUCUUUCUUCUUCUUCUUUUUUGGAUAGUUGAGCAUUUUAUUAUGAUUUACGUUGUUUUUGUUUUGUGCGUCGUGAAAAAAAAAAUAGCACUGUUGUUGUUGACAUAGAGCUGAUAGAGACGGCAAACUCAGGUUUUUAAGCACAUGGAGACGAAGUGGGGCUUCUGACACAAGAAAAGCCGUAUCCCACUAUCACUCCUUCCUCCAGUGAUUCUCCUCCUCCACGUGGUGAAUUUGUGACAAUGUCAUUUCAUGUCGUCCGUGGACACGUAGGCUAUGUGGUUUUGGUACAAAAGAGCGCAUUACACCUCUCUCAACCUUUUAACUGUCGUUAUUUCACAUUUUUACUCUGUGAAAACAUACCGUAUGUCUUGUGUUGCCAAUAGAAAGAAAGAGACACUUAAUUGUUCAUAGGUCAUUUUUUGUUGUAAUGACAAGAAUAAUAAAUGUUUGUGAAUUUGAACAAAACAAAA